GCGCACCCCGGCGUAACCUGCUCCGCUGCCCGUCGGCGCUCUCCCCGCGGAGGUAGGGGACCUGCUGCGGGGGGAUGGAGGAGCAUGGGUACCCUUCCUAUAGCGCCCGCAGCCCCGCCUGGGAGGAACUGGAGUCCGGGAAGAUGGCCGGGGCCGAGGCGGGGAUGAGCGGCGCCGGGAUCCCGCAGCAGCCCCAGCCCCAACCCCCGGCGGCGGCGGGGCCGGCGGACGAGUCGUCGGACAGCGAAGGGGAGCACGAGGGCCCCCAGAAACUCAUCCGAAAAGUGUCCACCUCGGGCCAGAUCCGCAGCAAGACAAGUAUAAAAGAAGGAUUACUACUGAAGCAAACCAGUUCUUUUCAGAGGUGGAAAAAGCGUUAUUUCAAACUUCGAGGUCGUACCCUUUACUAUGCUAAAGAUUCAAAGUCUCUAAUAUUUGAUGAAGUUGAUCUGUCAGAUGCCAGUGUAGCUGAAUCAAGCACAAAAAAUGUCAACAACAGCUUCACGAUAAUCACUCCAUUUAGGAGGCUAAUAUUGUGUGCUGAGAACAGAAAAGAAAUGGAGGACUGGAUAAGCUCUCUGAAGUCCGUUCAGUCCAGAGAACACUAUGAGACCGCACAGUUUAAUGUGGAACAUUUCUCAGGGAUGCAUAACUGGUACGCCUGCUCCCAUGCCCGACCUACCUUCUGUAACGUGUGUAGAGAGAGCCUCUCUGGAGUCACGUCUCACGGCCUGUCUUGUGAAGUGUGUAAGUUUAAAGCACAUAAAAGAUGUGCUGUCCGAGCAACAAAUAACUGCAAAUGGACUACAUUAGCCUCAAUUGGAAAAGACAUCAUUGAAGAUGAAGAUGGUAUAGCUAUGCCUCACCAGUGGUUAGAGGGUAAUCUGCCCGUCAGUGCCAAAUGUGCAGUCUGCGACAAGACUUGUGGCAGUGUUUUACGCCUGCAAGAUUGGAAGUGCCUUUGGUGUAAAGCUAUGGUUCACACUGCCUGUAAAGAUCUAUAUCCUCGUAAAUGUCCACUUGGCCAAUGUAAGGUAUCGAUCAUACCUCCGACAGCACUAAACAGUAUAGACUCUGAUGGUUUCUGGAAAGCCACAUGCCCGCCAUCCUGUGCCAGUCCUCUUUUAGUUUUUGUUAACUCAAAGAGUGGAGACAAUCAGGGAGUAAAGUUUCUUCGUCGAUUCAAACAGUCGUUAAAUCCAGCUCAGGUGUUCGAUUUAAUGAAUGGAGGACCUCACUUAGGUUUGCGGCUAUUUCAGAAGUUUGACAACUUCAGGAUUCUUGUGUGUGGCGGCGAUGGAAGCGUGGGUUGGGUCUUGUCGGAAAUUGAUAAGCUCAGCUUGCACAAACAGUGUCAGUUAGGAGUGUUACCCCUCGGUACUGGAAAUGACCUUGCUCGUGUCCUUGGUUGGGGAGGAUCCUGUGAUGAUGAUACACAACUUCCUCAGAUUUUGGAGAAACUAGAGCGAGCCAGCACAAAAAUGUUAGACAGGUGGAGUAUAAUGUCAUAUGAACUGAAAUUACCAGCAAAGCCUUCUAUUCUUCCAGUGACUGCGGAAGAGUCAGAGGAAUGCCAGAUAUCUGCUUAUGAGGACUCAGUUGCUGCUCAUCUUGCAAAAAUUCUCAAUUCUGAUCAGCACUCAGUUGUCAUAUCAUCUGCCAAAAUAUUAUGUGAAACUGUAAAGGACUUCGUUGCCAAAAUAGGGAAGACUUACGAAAAACCGAUGGAAAAUGCAGAGGAGGCUGAUGCCAUGGCCAUUAAAUGCACUGAGUUAAAUGAGAAGCUAGACCUGUUGCUCCAGGCUCUUCACACAGAAGCCCAGGCUGCUCCCAUUCUCCCAGGCAUCACUCCCCCCAUCGUGGAAGAGGAACCAGAGGAGUUUUCAAGUGAAGAAUCCUUGUCUGAAAGUAAAGAGCAAUUAGCGGAGUGCGUCUCAAAGUCUUCCACCCAGAAACUCUUCAAACCAAGGGAACAGUUAAUGCUCCGCGCAAACAGCUUGAAGAAGGCUGUGAGGCAGAUCAUUGAACAAGCAGAAAAAGUUGUGGAUGAGCAGAAUGCUCAUAGUGAAGAACAAGUGAACCAGUCCCCACUGGAAUAUAGCAAAGAAUUGGAUGAAUCCAAAGAAGAAGAAAAAGAGGAAGAUACGAAGGAACUUGAGUCCCCAUCAAUUAAAACUGCACCAAGAUCUCCAGAUCGACGUACAAGCCGAGGUAUCCAUUCUCAAACAGGCUCUUUCUCUGCUCCAGCUUUGGCUGCAAGCAAGGAGAACCUCCCAGUACUUAACACUAGGAUUAUCUGCCCAGGUUUGAGGGCUGGUCUAGCUGCUUCUAUUGCAGGAAGUUCAAUUAUUAGCAAAAUGUUGCUAGCGAACAUCGAUCCAUUUGGUGCUACACCGUUUAUUGACCCGGAUCCAGAUUCACUGGAGGGAUAUUCAGAAAAAUGUGUCAUGAACAACUACUUUGGAAUUGGGUUAGAUGCAAAAAUUUCACUAGAAUUUAAUAACAAGCGAGAAGAGCACCCAGAAAAGUGCAGAAGUCGGACGAAAAACAUGAUGUGGUAUGGAGUUCUUGGCACAAAAGAGCUACUGCAAAGAACUUACAAGAACUUAGAACAAAAAGUUCAACUUGAGUGUGACGGACAGUACAUCCCCCUUCCAAGUCUGCAGGGCAUAGCUGUGCUAAACAUUCCCAGCUAUGCUGGUGGGACUAAUUUCUGGGGCGGAACCAAAGAAGAUGAUAUAUUCGGGGCUCCAUCGUUUGACGAUAAAAUCUUAGAAGUUGUUGCUGUAUUUGGCAGCAUGCAGAUGGCAGUUUCAAGAGUCAUCAAACUGCAGCACCACAGGAUAGCUCAGUGUCGGUCAGUAAAGAUCACCAUACUUGGUGAUGAAGGGGUUCCAGUGCAAGUCGAUGGAGAGGCAUGGAUCCAGCCCCCGGGAGUCAUUAAGAUCGUACAUAAAAACAGAGCUCAGAUGUUAACACGAGACAGAGCCUUUGAAAACACCCUGAAGUCUUGGGAAGACAAACAGAAGUAUGAUUCCUGUAAACCUGUCAUUCGAUCUCCCUUGUACCCUCAGCAGGCUGUUGAGUUGGCUACAGAAGAAGAAGUUGCACAGAUCCAGCUGUGCUCACAAGCUGCAGAAGAACUUAUUACCAGAAUCUGUGAAGCAGCAAAAAUACAUGGCCUCUUGGAGCAGGAGCUUGCUCAUGCUGUUAAUGCAUGUUCACAUGCAUUAAAUAAAGCAAACCCAAGGUUUCCUGAGAGCCUUACCAGAAACACUGCCAUGGAGAUAGCUGUCAAUGUGAAGGCCCUACAUAAUGAAACUGAAUCUCUGCUAGUAGGAAGAGUUCCUUUGCAAUUAGAAGCUCCCCAUGAAGAACUGUUGUCUGAUGCUUUACACAGUGUGGAAAUAGAGUUGAGAAAACUUGCUGAGGUACCUUGGCUUUAUUAUGUUUUUCAACCAAAUGAUGAUGAGGAUCCCCCUCUGGAUUACGCUAAAAGGAACAACAGAAGUACAGUGUUUCGCAUAGUGCCAAAGUUUAAAAAAGAAAAAGUUCAGAAGCAUAAGACCAGCCCUCAGCCUGUUCAAAAAUGGGGCACAGAUGAAGUUGCUGCUUGGCUGGAUCUGCUCAGUUUGGGAGAGUACAAAGAAAUCUUCAUCAGCCAUGACAUCCGAGGCUCUGAGCUUUUACAUCUGGAAAGGCGAGACCUUAAGGACCUGGGGAUAACGAAAGUGGGUCAUAUGAAGCGAAUUCUCCAGGGAAUUAAAGAGCUUGGCAAGAACACCCCUUUGUCUGAAGUGUAAUUAUGCUGGUGCUCUCCCUAGAGAGAGAAGGGAAAGUUGCUGGAGAAGCAAAGCUGUUGCAGGCACUUAGCUGUCUUUGUAGUUUACUCUAUGGAAGAAUAAGCACCGGUGUGUUUGUACAGGCUAGUAUCUCUGAAUUCUUGUAUGGUGAAGAGCUUGCUGCAAGAGUACAAAAGGAUUUGUGCCAAAAAAAAAAAAAAAAAAAGGAAAAGGUGAUAUUUUCUGUGAAGACGUUUUCUUGCUGUGCAAACUUGGCCAGUUCGGAUAAGCAUAUUUUGGUAAAUCGAUUGGUUGAUGGUGAACUGCACCGACUGGAAAAUAUAAUCAAGAAAUGAUUGCUUUGCUUACAUGCAGCUCAGUAUGCCUCUCUUUACACUGCAGCAAGAUACCACUGUACAGCAUGAGGUUCUCCGGUUAUCCUUCCGAGGCAUAGCUUCAUAAAACCUCCUGUGCAGGAAACCGAGAGGUUUCGGAGGUUUCACACGUGAGCCCAGCAGUGCCGCAGGUACCCAGCGCUCACUGGCCACGCAGAACCGGGGAGAGAUACCUUGUGAUACCAUGAAUGCAAACUAUAAUGCAUGGUGUGCCUGCCUGAAUCGUCUGUUGUUCUGUUGCAUGACACAUCUGAUACUUUAAACACUUGAACAACUUUUAUAUUGGUUUGAAUGAGAUUUAAUUUAUUACUACUUGAGUGUCUUUCCCCCCCCCCCCCCAGUUUCAGGCACUUUUCUAUUCUUCAGUGUUGUGUUAUGCCUAAAAUGUGUUCUACAGCAAAGGAUGUGUGGGUGUGGAAACUUAGCAUUUGUGCCAUAUUCAGCAGAUUAUAUGCAUUAUAUAUGAUUGAAAGACUGUACAGUUAGAUUUUUAAAUAUACCAUGUACAGAAGGUAUAUCAGGUAACUAACUUAUGAGUAUUUUUGAAAGACCGGUACCUCACAAAAAUAUCAAUUGGCUUCCUGCAUGGAAAAUGAUAAAGAAUUUUCUGAUGGUGCAUUUUAAUGUAGUUAUUCAGUUAUCUUAAACAUCUGUAGCAUAUUUGAACUUUUAGGCACUAAUGGUUUUAUUUAUUCUAUUGUUCAAAAAGCAGGUUGAAAAAUUAAUGAAAAUUUUUUACAGGAAAAUUAAUUUUAUUUAUCAUACCUAAGAAGAGUUUUAAAAUGUAGCAGCUGAUUUGAUUUUUGUGGGGUAAGCUUUUACUCAUUACUAAUUUAAUUUAAAAAUGUCUCUGUAUGUAUUUCUUUGCAAAGGCAUCAAUUUGAUUCUUGUCAGCACUCCUACAUCGGUAGAUCAUAAAAAUUUAAAAAACAAACUCUAAGGUUUUACACUAUGCAUGCAAAAAUGAAUCACAUGCUAGUAAUCCAUGAGUGUUAACAGGUUAAAAAAUGAAAACCAUCUUUGUUCAGAAAUUGUGUUAGACCAAAACUUGUAAGGUUAUUUAUAGUUUACUUAAACAAAACAUAGCUUCAUAAUUGAAUUUCCUGUUUAAUUUUUCACAAAAAUAUUAAUCUAGUAGAAAACCUACAAAAACCCCCUGCCAAAUGUUUGAGAUGAGAUGAUAUUGCACCACCUGCCAGAAAACUUGCACAAAAUCCCUGUCUCCUUGCUGUGCCUAACAACGUGUCAUUGUGACACGAGGAACACUUGACUUAAUCGAGCAGCUUUAGCUUUGACAUUUCUUGCAGGUUAAAGAGUAUCUUAAUAUCUAUUUCUCUUUUCCUCAUAGGCAGCAGAGUAAGGUUUUAUUUGUUUUUUCCAAAGCUUAUUUUCCCCAUUUAAAGGGGCCAAUGUCAAGUACUGCAUCCUGGUUUUGCCCUCCCUUUCUCAUGAGUGUGAUGGGAGUCAUCCCUUGGAAAGUAAAAUCUAUUCCCCUCAUUGUUUUAUUGCUAAAAAAAAAAAAAAAAAAAAUCAAAAGGAGCAAAACAGGCUUCAUUUAUAUCCAAUUACAGUACUCUGUCCUCUUGCUGCUGGAGGUUCAACAGGCACCACUGUGGGAGCUCUGUGGACAUAAUUGAUUUUUCUGGUAAGCAAACAAAAUCAUAGAAUUGUAGAAUCGUAGAAUACCAGGUUAGAAGGGACAUCAAGGAUCAUAAAAGUAAAAGGCUGUGUUCCAUUCAUUUUCUGUAAAAAACAACCCAAAAUCCCUUUGCCAAGUAAUAUGAUUUUCAUGCUGUUCUAUGAAAAGCAUAUGCAAACAAUGGGAAGUUAAGCAAACAAUGGAAAGAUUAUUUUUUUUUUUUAAUGUACUUGACAUUGACCCCUUUAAUGAUGUUCAGAUGGCAUCUGUCAAGUCUUUGCAAGUUGUAUUUCCUUCUCUCUUUGUUUCUCCGUAAGCUACGCUAUAUUUUAAUGUGUGGCAGCAUUCUAAUAUAUCGAUGUUACGGUAGACUGCGUAGUUAAUCUUCCUGGUCGAUUCAAGGACAUAAUACAUGGAAGAACUUCCUUUCCUUUCCUAGAUUGUAGGAUACACUCUCUUUACAACUUUCAGCCUUGCUGUAUGCAAUGCGUUAAGACGGGCUAUGGAGCAGGAUCUUUUCAGGUCGCUGUAGAGGUCUACGCUGAGUAUAUCAAAAACGGGAGCUGCUUUUAGGCAGGGAAAAAUGGCCAAGUGGUGUUCGUAAUGCAACGUUCUUAUGACACUCCUCAGAUUACCUCAGUAUAGGACAACUGAUCAAUUGUCUUUGUAUAGUUUGGGUUUUUUAAAUGACCACCAAAGAAUUUAACUUUGAUUGUCUGAAGCAUAAGGGUUUUUUAAACGUGCAAGUAGGAAAAAAGUUGUAAGCAUCGUUUAUGCUGUAUUUACUAGAUGCCCAGGAGAGCAAAUUUUAUGCAACUCUAUGCCUUAGACUAGUGUCGGCUACCAAUUCCAAAUGUGUCUGACAAGGAGGCUCAAAAUAUUUUACAGGGUUUCUCUGCCGAGGUUAUGGGUUGUGUUUAGCGAUGUGGCUUUUCUAAAGAAAGACUUUUGAACACAGUGUUACUGACUCACGAUUAUUGUAAUUUCCAAGUAUUGGCUUUUUUCCUUACUGCUGUAAAAGUCUCAGGUCCUGGAACUAAGGACAUACAUAGUUCUUUACAAUUUAAAAAACCAUACAUCCCAAUAUUUCAACAAAAAUAAGGUAAACACAUCCCCUAAAAGUAACUAGUUUUUUCAGAAAACAAGUUACCCCUAUAGCUCUUGUGAAGCUUGAUUUAACAUGCUAGAUUCAUCAAGGGAAAAAAACACUAUACAAAGUUUACUGGAUGAUUUUUUUUUCCCCCCCUUAGCUGAAUACACUUAAUUUCUGCGGUCAAUCAGUAUACCUUGAAAUCUGAAAGGAAGGAAUACAGAGCAAUCAGCAUUUGUUUUUUUAAGCGGUUGGUAUUCGUAUAGAUGAAAUGCCCUGCGCUUCAGAAAGAGGAAGAGGAGAAAUGCACGUUUUAAAAUGGCAGCAGAUUGCUAACUGCAUGUUUCUGUUUUGUCAUUUUUGAAUAGGAUUUUUUUCAGCUUACUGCAUUCAGUUCGGGUCAUUGAGGUAUUGCCUUUAUAAUGCCUAAUGCCUUCUUCUUAAAAAUGGAAUGAAAUCAGGCAAACUUGUGGUUGUAGGUGUUGGGGUUUUUUUACAAUACUUUAAAGAAAAAACUUGUUCAAAAAUGAAAAUUUUUAUAUGAUGGCGAUUGCAAGUUUUCUUUAUGAUACAUUUUUAUGUAUUUCCCCUUCACCACUAUUUUUGUCCUGACCAUCUCAUUCUUUCAAAGAAAAAUAUUUAAAACUUAAGGAAGAACAGUAAAAUAUAAAGGAUGUGAUCAAAUCUCCUCCCAGAUUAUUUCAAUCCAGUAUUUCUUACUUUGAGACUAGAGUGAAUAUGCUUGGUCCCGUACAUAAUAAAUAGAAAUCAUCUUUCUCUGUCCAUCCCUGCCCAAAUAAAUUCAGACUGCAAUGUUGUAUAACUGUAAUUCAAACGAGGAAUUGAUUUUUAUUUUUUUUUAUAAUGGCCCAUUUCAUAUUUUCCUAUGCUUUUUGUACAGAAAUAGAUAAUCUGCCAAUUUCGACUUUUUAAUUGAACUCAGCGAUGCUAAUUCACUUCAUGAAAAUUUCAUAAUGCCUUGAUAAUGAACAGAUCUCGUUUCAAGGGUAAAAUGUGUUUUUCAAUGUAUCUAGUCUUCCUUUCUGGAAAACUGUCAGGAGACCUGUUUCACAUGUAAUGGAAAAUUAAAAUAUAAAGCAAAUAUGAGACAAUGGUCCAUAGAGCUACUUAAAAAAUAGAUGUAAAACUACAUACUAUAGAUAGAUAAUUCUGCAAUGGACAUGUAAGACAAAAACCCCCAGAGUGAUUCCAUUUUGCUCAAUGCUUCCUAUUAAUGGUUGCAUUACUAACGUUUACUACUGUUUCUCCACUGCUCUCUCUGUGCCCCGAAGUAUUAAGUUCUUGCAUAUAAGUUUGACAGCUCUGGUAACUAAUAAUUAGCAGUGCAAAAAGUCUUUGUGAAAGGUAAAGUCACAAGCAACAUAUAUUGUUGAGGGUAACCAAGCUGAAGCAAUAUAUUUAGCUUACAACCAUCUUGUCACUUGUGUGAGUGCCACUGCAAACUAUGUGAAUAAUUAUAAAUGUUUUUUUUCCCCCCAAUAACAUAAGUACCUCUCAACUGCAGCAUCUGGAGUGUUUUAUACCAUUUAUACCAUGGGUUCUUCCUCUUAUUCGAUUCUGUUUUCAUAGAUUGUAUGUUUUGUGGUAUGAUUCUCAUAUCGUCCAGGUUUGAUGCUGCUUAUUCUAACUGCAAAGAUUUAAUGUUUGCAGGAACUGUAAAUGACUGUAUUGCUGUCUUAAGUAAAAGGAGGAGUUUUUGCUGACUUGAGGAAGCUGAGGAGUUUGGAUAGGACUUAAAAUAUCUCUGCUGCCUCUUCAGAGAUGAAUGGUAGUGUCAGCAGGAUUGAUAAAGCAUCAUUUGGUAAUUAUCAAUAGAUGAUCUUUACCGGUCGUAUGAAUUCUUGUAUUUAUAUAUAGAAUAUAGUGUGGAAAUUGAUCUUUUUUACAAAAAGAAAACAAUUUUCUAGUUCUUUUCUACUACUGUUGCAUUAGAUUUAAUAGCUCUGUUAAUGGUUAGCUUAUGUACUUGAAAUGCUCGUUUCUGCCAUACAGAAGCCCAGUCUGUUUCUCAGAAAUUAUAUUCCAUUUGGAAGCCAUCUGGAGCCUUCCAGGAGACUAUUUCUGUGGCCAGUUGGAGCGAAUAUGAAAAUUCAUAGCAACUUCUGUAGGCUUAAUAGUGAUUGCCCUCAAUAUUUUAACUAAAAAAAAAAAAAAAGGUUUUGAAAAUUGGGGUUUUUUCAGCCUGUGAAAUUAAACAUCAUCCCCUCAUCAACUGUAAAAAAUAAAAUACUAGUACUGUUAAUGCUUUUGCAAACUAGCAAAAUGCUGGCAAUUACAGACCUAAGAGUAUUCCUGGACAAAUUGUAAUGAAUUCAACUGCAGUGGUUAAAGACCUACCACCUUCAAAGCAGUCAACAGAAAAUCCAUAUAUUUACCUGGUGGUAGAAUUACAAACAUCUAGUUUAAAUAAUUGAAGACUUUGUCUCCCAGUUGACAGAAACUCUUUAUAUAUAAGCUCUUUGAUGGGAUUUUGAGUUCAUAUAACGUAUUGCUUAUAUAAGUGAGGGCAGAAGAAGCUGGUGCAUAAUUUAUGUUUAGUAGAGGCAUGACCUGUGUUAAUGUUCCCACACUGCCUCCCAGCUCCUGGGUCUGCGUGACUUUCCCAGCCGCUUGGCAAGGUGAGACCCUCACAUGUCAUUGUCCUCCCUCCAUUUCUGUUCAUUAGAGCUGGACAGGCAAGCUAGGAAAAAGCUGUAGGAUGCUCCAGGAGCUCUAGAUUGACCAGAGCUUCAGGCUCCAACGUCUGGCAUAGCCAUGGUGGACUAAAAUCCUCUACGUUACAUUUUGCAGUGCCCACUGAAAGCUGUAUUUAGCUUGCCGUGCCACUGACAAUUGACACUAGCUCCUGGAAUGCCCUUGGAAAGAGAGGUGUUUGGGCUAACUCCACUAUGGAAAAUACUAGAAAUUUUGGUAGCUAUUAGUAGGACAAGUAUGCAAAGGACUAAUCUAUAUUUUAUUCUAUGGAACAAAAACACUUUGGAAAAAUGUAUUUGUAGUAUGAUUGGAAGAUUAGUGUUAGGAUUGAAAAGAUACUGAAGAUAAAACCAAUUUAGUACAAAGUUUAAAGUAAUUUGAAUUAUUAUUUUUUUUCCAAAUGCAUUGGAAACAAUUCCGUUAGGAAGCCGUGUUUGAUCCAGGUAUAGCUGUGUUAUAGCAGAGCGUGUGAACUGGAAGAUGAAACCAGGAAGAAAUGAACUAAAACUAAAUCUGGCUAGUUUGUUUUCAUGUGGAAAGCCAAAUAUAAAAUCGCCACAGUGCCCUAAAUCUCUACUAUGUAUAUUUAAAGGGAAUUAGCAUUUUAAGUCCUACUUUUAUUAAACUAAAAUAUUAAUUGGAUAGAAAACUUUUUAGUUUAAUUGAUAACCUGACAAUGUCAUUAACAGGAAAAGAGAUCUCAAUGUGUUUUUCUCCCCACAUUAGUUGAAGUAAGCUCUCUUUGGGACCACUAAUUCUCUUUGCAGUUACAGUCAAUCAUUACGUGAAUGGGGAGGUUGAGGAAAGCCCUCGAAGCUGCUUGGUCUUGCUUUUCAGUGAUGAAGAGCACGUGUGCUGACAAAUAGGGCCUGGGGGCUCUUAAUGAGAAUUUUGAGACUAAAGAUUUUCUACUGGGACAGUUUGUGAAGGCUUACAAUGAGCACACAGGCAUGGGGAUGCUCAGCAGGAAGAUUUCUAGUGGCACUGUCCUCUCACAAGAUGCCACCUCUGUCUAUCAAAAUAGGCAUUUGGACUGUACUGCUUAGCCAGAUUUUGGAGCAUCUUCUACAGGCAUCUGUCACUUAGGGUGUCCAUACUUUCUGACCUGGAUUUCUGAGUCCUUAAAACGUGCACUUUGAACAAUAAGGUUGUUCAUAUAUGACAAAAAUUACCAUUUUUCCCCCUUAAAGAGCACAGCUUGUGAACCUGUCCUGAAAUAAUUUGUUUCAUUAGCCACUCUCUUACAUCAUGUCCUUUGAAUCCUCCAAGAGCUGAAACAUGGGACCUCCCUCCAGCUGCCAGUUACCUAGUUUGCUGAAGCUUAUAUGUUGAGGGGAUCAUCAAAGGGCAAGAUAACAUUCACUGCAGAAGAUGAAACGUGCAAUAGAUGGGAUUUGUACAUAAAGAGUGGAAGCUGUUUGAGGAGCUUCUGAGUGGUGAAGAGGGCCUGAUCUCUGCACCUGACAUCUGGUCCUUCUUCGUUGCUGUCAUCACACACAAAUCAUUUAAUGACCUCCAAUACUAGCAGCUUCCUGUCUUAAUUCACGGUGACAGUAAACAUAUCAGUACUAACAAAACUUCUGUCACAACUGUACCUCCAGAGCAGGUAUCUUUAAACGCUGAGCACUAUGGAAUUGCAUGAAUGUAUUUGUAGUGUAUGUUCUGGCAUUUAAAAAAGGAAAUUUCAUCUAAAGGUAUUUUAAAGGUCCUGAGAGGUUCCCAGCCCAACAUGAGUGAUUUCUCUCAUUAGCCAGGCUUGUCACUUAAACUAGUAUUCCAGUUAAGCACAGCUGUUAGUUAAUUCUGUAGUAACAUCCACUUACUUGGAUGAACGGACACAUAAAGUGCACAUGGAAGUCUUGCAGAGAUGCCACACUGUAUAGUUUUCUGCAUCACUCAUAUUUGGGUCUGAAUUGUGUUUUGUAGCAAAAAGCUGAAACACACAAUUCCCACCCAGUUCAGAACCAUAUCCAACAGAAAAUGAAAACAUCUAACAUGAUUUGUACUGGUUUAGGUAAAAAUUGCUGCGCGCUCAGUAGUUUCUGCCCUUCGUUUCCCCUGUUCACUCCACAGAAAAAUUCAUCAUCUUUGCAAACAUAUAGAUCUGUUGGGACUUCGGCGUGUGCUUAAACAGCACUUUAGUCCCCCUUGGAGAUUGCUCAUGUACUUUAGUUUUAGCAUUUAUGUGUAAACCUACAAAGGAUUUGAGUAGGUAAAAACUCUUCCUCGCAUAAAAGUUAUCAUCAGACUGACCAUCGGUAGACUUUUAAAUGCCAUACCUAUGAAUGUUGUUCUCUUGCCAGUAUUUGCGUGUGCAUGUGUGUAUAUAUGUAGGAUUCAGUUUGCAGUGUGUAUGUGCGUGCACACCUGUACAUAUACAUGUAUAUACAUACCCUGGUUUUGCCCAAUAUAACGACGCCAACUUGUGUGUAGAGCCAAAAAAACUUAAAACUAUACCAUGGUUGAGAUGCUGCAUUGUUUUUAUUAUAAUAUUUUUUAUAUCAGAUGAAUUGCAGGAUGUUUACAGAUGCUUAUUAAUAUUUAACUUAUACAAUGGAGUGGCAGGAUGUUUGUGAUUGUUGUCAGCUAAAGAAUUGUAUACAAUUCUGGGUGAAAUUUUGGCUUUGUUGAAAUCCUUGGCAAAACUCCCAUUGAUCUCACUGGGGCCAAGAUUAAACCCCUCUGAACCUAUUGUUUACUGGCUAUUUUCCUACUGUGAUAAUUUUUUUAAAUGAGUGAAAUGUAUUUAUUUUUUCCCGAUGUGAAAUCUGCAGUUGCUAUUUGGAUUUUUCUACAGAACCUACAAAUUACAACAGAGGUGGGAAUAUAUGCCUCAGAGAAUGUACAGAAUUUUUCAUUGGUCUGGUCCUUGGCUAUGUCUAAGAAAAUAGCUUCUAAAGUAACUUUAGUAAGAUUUAAUACAGAAUCUCCUAAAAACAGAUCACCUUUCAUACCUCUCUCCACAAAGAGGGCAUGCAGUGUGGUAGGUGAAAAUGAAGAAUUACUUAUUGAUUAAUAAAAACUUGCCCUGUCUGUUUUGUAUACCUACUGAUUUCAUACAGCUCAGCUGGCUCUGCAGAUCUGGAAUGAGACACUUGAAGUACCUUAUCCAAAAGUACCUUAUCGGGGAAAAAAAAGUUAUAUAGUAUAUGGCUUUAAACUUCUCAUCCAGACAUGGAGGUGUCUUCAGAGCUGGUCUGUAGAAUGAUUCUUUUAAUAUUUCAUGGAUGAAUAACAUUAUGAAAAUAUUAAGUGGUAAGGCAAAUCAGACAACUGCUUGGUAUUAGAGAAAUCACUUCUUUAGGGACAGAAGGAUCAGUUCUUUAAUAGCACCAGGGAGGAAAAAUACCAUAAUGCAGCGCUUCCUAAAUCCCUUUCCAGGGUAUCUUUUAAUUGUGUAUGCUCUAAGUAUAUUCUUCCUGUAAAAAGACAUAAGGCUGUGAAACAGCUAAAUAGAUGCAUCUUAAUUUCUUCAUCUAAGGCUAAAAAUAUCAUUUUCAAACAAGAGCUAUUGUGCACUUUGAAACAUAUGUGUCCGGAACAGGUAAGUUUGUGUUCAUCGUAGAUAGUCAUCCUAGGGAUACAGUAGGAUUUGUAAAAUGAGGUAGCUAUGCCAACGUUAUCAAAAGCUGAAGAAACAGCAAGCCAGCCGUAUUCCCCCGCGAGGCUCUUUCUGAAGACAUCUGUGCAAAUGCCCACCACUCCCAGGAGUCUCUUGCUGUAAUUUUGUUUUAAGAAGGGAUCAUAUUCAGCUUCCUACUCUUCCCCUUGCUAAUAAGGAAGGAAGUUUGCACCUUGGUUGAACUUUCCAGGAGUUUGUUGGCUAUAGAAACAGACCUCAAAAGAAUAAACAGUCAAGGCAAUCAGUAGGCUCGUGGAGGAUACGCAGGGCUCUGCCUGGGCUCGCUUGUUUGCUAAUGUGGAUCCGAUUACAGAUUUGGGAGGAAAAAAGCUCCUAUUGUGCUCCCGUUGCGGUCAGUGGCAAACCUCCGUGGUUAUCAGUGGGAGCCAAUGGGCGCCCGGGCGAGCAGGCAACGUUCGUUUUGCAUGUUGGUCAUCUUUCUGUAAUUCUAAUCAGGACUGGAGUUCAGGACACACCAUUCUUUGUCUGAAAGGCCAGGACGAGUAGAGGAUACGUGAGGAAAUGAGGAGGAAGUGGCGGGAGGUCUGGAUUCUGCCUUUAGUUUCCUGCCGCGGAGCUGGUGGAAGACUGAGGGCAACUCAGUUAACCUUUGUGUGCCUCACUUUCUCCGCCCGUGGGAGUAAGGAUGCUUUACCACCUUUGUACAGCCCCCCCGGCAAGACCUAUAGGAGAGCAGUGGUAUAUAAGCGGCUACGUUUUACUGACACUAUUUUAUGUAGUAUGCAUAAAUGACUUUCGUCCGUAACACUGCAAAAAUUGCUUUUCCUAGUUUCAGUUCUGACUAUUUAAUGACUUACUACAUUCUGGGUAGUCAGUUUUGAAGCUUAGCGAUUGCUCUAGUACUUCAAAUUACACACGUAGUGGGCUCUGUUUGCUGCAGAAAAGAGUAAAACUUUAAACUGCCUGACAAAACUUGCCAAUGAAGUCUAUCUAACAGAGCAGGGGUGUAACUUUUGGCUUUAUUUACUUGUAAUAAUGGUAAGGAACAGUGAAUUUUGUUUGUUUACAUACUGUUUACAAUGGCACAGUUUUAUUUUUAAUAUAUAAAAAACAAUUGAGGUAUUUAUUGCAUAUACUAUUUUAAAGAUGUUUUAUGUGUUUUCACCUUUGGAAUAUAUUGUUACAUUUCCUUGUACAGAUAAUUUGGGUGGCUUUGUUAAUAUAGUUAGUAAUUUUUAUGACUACUAAGUGACCAGUUUUCCGUGCCUUUUUAUUGUUGGAUGCAUGAUUACAUAUUUAUUAUUGUAUGGAAGUCACUGAGAUGUGUAUUUUUGUAUUCUGCUGGAAGCAAUGGUUGAUUUUCUUGUACAUGAUAAGAGAUGCCUUCCAUAAUGGGCACUCGUAUGAGAUCUUCCUUCUCAAAUAAACAGAAUGCAUUCAAUGUAUGUAAGUCCUUGAAUUCUUUCUGUGUCUGGAAAUCCUUGAAGAUCAUGACACUGAAUUUUAGAUGGUAUCCACUCAAAGCGUGGGCUGCUACCAAUGUCAUCAAAUCCAAAACAAAA